AUGUCUCACGCCGCACACUUGCUGCUCGUACAGCGCUGUGACGAAACUAAAACAGACAUCGGAAUAAUCAGCGAACCGAGGAGAAAUCCAGGGAAAAACUGGAUUUCCGAUCCAAGCGGUUUAGCUGCGAUUUUCGUUAACAACAACGACCUAGCGUCCUCGUUCCAGGUAAUAAGCUCUUUUGACGGUUUCGUCCUCGUAGGCAACCAGCAUCUCCGGAUUGGGGGAUGCUACUUCUCACCAAAUGGCACCCCACUAGCCUUCGAACGAUACCUUAAAAAGAUAAACAAGACCUUGAGGAAAGAAAACUAUAGAACCCCAAUAAUUAUUGGAGGAGACUUUAAUGCCCACAAUAAAAAAUGGGGAAGUAAGAAAAACAACGCAAAAGGAAAAACUCUUGAAAGAUGGGCUGGCACGAAUAGGCUCUUCCUAAUAAACAGAGGGAACGCCCCGACGUGCAUUAGGCAACACGGUUCGUCAAUAGUGGACAUAACGUGGGCGAACGAGGAAGCAAGGAAAAGAAUAUACGACUGGCAGGUUCAGGAAGGUGUCGAAACACUCUCGGAUCAUGCCUACAUAUCCAUGUCCGUCCGCUACGACAAGUCAGCCCCAGGAAACAUGAAAAACACGAGUUCACAGUACUUCCCAAGGUGGAACGUCAAAAAAUUUGACUCUGACCUCUGCAAAGCGCUCCUCCUCAUAGAAACGUGGAACCCCAAAAGAGCCAACCAAAUAAACCUGAAAGAAGAAAUAAAUAAGUUAGAAGACGCCCUUACGAGAGCAUGUAAUCUUUCAAUGCCUAAAAAGAAAAUGCUCUCGACAAAACCACCAAAUGACUGGUGGAACGAUGAACUAUCAACUCUUCGACAGGAUUGCCAGAGAAAGAGGAGAACCUGGCAAAAGUCGAGAAAGAAACAAAAUCAGAACACGGACGAAUCACAGAUGAAAUACGAACACUACAAGGAAGCGAAAUUGCACUUAAUAAAAGCUAUAAUGGCAGCAAAACGACAAACUUGGAAAAGGUUACUCGAAACUUUAGACAAUGACCCAUGGGGCAAGCCCUAUAAGUGGACGAAAAAAAUGAGGGACAAUUGCUCGACCAGGGCAUAUUCGUGCAGCGGAAGUGUUUCCGCUGACGAAUUUAUAUUCUAA